UUGCGCUCUUAAGCCGCACACCAACGUCAGGGCUGGUAGAGAGGCUUGGUUUUCCACUGGACGCACAUCAAUGUCCACGCUACACCGGCGGGUCAACGUUGUCCUCCACCCUGGGUGCCGCCUAUGCCUCUUACACCUCCUGUUGAGCUUGGUAACCUCUCCAUCUCUCCAAGUCUCUUCUUCUGGCAUGGCAGGAAUGACUGGAAUGGAAUUAAAUAGAUCUGAAAUAUAGCAAGCUGGAGAGAGCUCAGUUGCUGUUGGAUUUGAAGAAUAUGGAAUUAGUCUUGGGGGAUUCUGCUUUUAAAGAAUGGAUGGCUUUAUUGAGAUUUCCCAAUAUCUCAGUCGCUGACCAGUGCUGGUCGGACAGUGUUGUUGACUGGUGAAUCGGGUUAUACCUGGAAUCGAAAAUGAACUGGGCGUCCUUUUAUGCCGUCAUCAGCGGUGUAAACAGACACUCCACUGGCAUCGGUCGUAUCUGGCUCUCUGUCCUCUUCAUCUUCCGUAUCCUGGUCCUGGUGGUUGCAGCAGAGAGUGUGUGGGGCGACGAGAAGUCUGGCUUUACUUGUAAUACCCAGCAGCCCGGCUGCAACAGCGUCUGUUAUGACCACUUCUUCCCCAUCUCACACAUCCGUCUGUGGGCCCUGCAGCUCAUCUUGGUGUCCACCCCGGCCCUGUUGGUGGCCAUGCAUGUUGCCCAUCGCCGACACAUCGACAAGAAGCUCUAUAAACUGUCUGGCCGGGCCAGCCCCAAGGACCUGGAGCAGAUCAAGACCCAGAAGAUGAAGAUCACAGGUGCCCUCUGGUGGACAUAUAUCAUCAGCCUGUUCUUCCGCAUCAUCUUCGAAGUGACCUUCAUGUAUCUCUUCUACAUGAUCUAUCCCGGCUACAAGAUGAUCCGGCUAGUCAAGUGUGACUCGUACCCCUGCCCCAAUACGGUGGACUGCUUUGUGUCCAGGCCCACAGAGAAGACUGUCUUCACUGUGUUCAUGCUGGCUGUGUCAGGGAUCUGUAUCCUGCUCAACAUCGCAGAGGUGGUCUUCCUGGCAGGGAAGGCUUGCGGUAGGCACUUAAGCAAUGCUGGAGACUCAACCAUGGGGGCAUGGAUCACCCAAAAGCUCUGCUCUUACUAGAACAAACUAAACGGACCAGGGCAGUAUAACUCUAAUUGGUUACAUAACAUGCUCAAAGCUCAAGGUAAGGGCCUUAACAACACUCAUUAAUCUGCUUACUGCACCAUGAUGAGGUGUCGACACUUUUUCUAUACUUCAAAUGGAUGUGAUUAAAAGGACAAUAUCAAUUUGGAUAUAGACACAAACUCAACAGAAGAGGAGACUGAAGAAAAGUAUGGUAAACUGAUUUAUUAACGUGCCCUUAACUUGCAACGCCUCAAAUUCAUCUGAAUUCAAUAUACCAGCAGCUAAACCAUCUCAUCAUCUAUUCUAUAUCAUGAUUUAAACAUAUUUUUCAAUUCCUGACAGCCAGUUUAAUCACUGAUAAUGUGGCGUGCUUAGGACAAAGCCUGUGUAUGGGUUCAAUUGUCCAUUGUAAAUAUUAACCCAAGAAAACUGUCCAAGUGGUUAAUUUAACCAACAUCUGGUGGUUGUGGUGGAGUAUUACUAAUAACUAUGAGGCCAUUCCAAAGCACCACUAAUAACUACCUCACUUUCAUAGUGAAAUAUCAAGUGGGUACUUCAAGACAUCUGAAUGGUGGUUUGAAUGCUAUGAAUGAGACUGAUUAUGCAAGUGUAUAGAGUAAUAUAGAAUGGAUAAUGAAUGAGAAAAUAUGCUUAACUUUCAAAGUUUAAGUUACGAUGGAAGAACCGAAUGAUCAGAGAACAUGUUUAAAUGUCUAUUUCAUUGUUUUUCUUACCAGUAUAUACAGCAUUGCUGUAUAAGGAUAAUAGAUGUUUAGAAUUUGUGGUACUGUAAAGUUUUUACUUCAUAAUAUAUAUAGCAUUUUAGUCCCUGUUUUGUUGUAUACCAUGCCUUCUUAUAUUGAAUGUAUUGCACUGAUUUUUAUUGCUGUACCUAAUAAAAUUAGAAAUUCCUAAUAAAA